AUAUUUUUAAAGCCGAAAACAAAGCGAAAGGAAAGGAAUGGGGGAGGAGGAGCAGGAGGAGGAUCAUGGGUCGGGGCAUGGCGGAUGUGGGCCCACCUCAUCUCUGUGGGCCCACCUUCCUCUUCUGCUGAGAUCGAGCUCAAAGGAGUCGGUGGAGUACAUACUGCAGGCUCUGUGGAGGACCCGAAAGACGGGCCUCGACUCCGCCGACCGCGCCAUCGUCCGCGACGUCCUCGGCCUCCCCUCCGAUUCCGAUUCCGACUCCGAUCUCGACCCCCUUUUGGUUUGCCUUCGAAUGCUAAUCCGUAGGUGUGUUUAUGAGAAAGUUGCAAAAGAUGACAUUCACAAGUUGUUUCCUCAAGAGGUUUUGCCUGAAUUACAAAGAUUGCUUACACUCCUUCUUCAGAAGUUUCAGCGGGAAUGGCAGGAAGAUGUACUGAAAGACAAGGUUUCUUUACCUCAUUUAAAAGCAAUGACGUGGGACAUGGGUGACAACAAUACAGAUUCCACUGAUCGUGUUGCUGUUAUUAAUUUGAAGCUUCAAAGUGAUACUCCGUCUUUGUCUGAAGACACAGAGGUCACAUUUCAAUUAGCAAAUGAUACUUUGGAGACUAUGCUACAGUCAAUGUACUUCAUUAGGGAUCAGAUGUCAAAUGUCGACAACACCUCAAAUGGACAAGGACAAGGACAAACACAGGAAGUCUGUGGAAGUUAAACUGCAAUAUAUUUUGACUUCAAAAAAAAGUUUCAGGGUGUAGAAGAUUAUGGAGAAAGAGAUAACCACUUCGAAAAGUUAGCACAUGGCGUAAUCUCAAAGCGUAGCAGGACAAACUCAAAGCACGUGUAACGGUAAAUUUACGCAAAUUUUGAAGAAGCCAACUUAUUCUGAAUCAAGGGAAAAUUGGGUUGCAUCCCUGCACAUCUUUUAUGUCCUUUUCAUGUUUACUUCCGUGUAUUGAUCGUCAUCAACCUCAUGAACGUUUUGGUGCAUUUUCAUUGUUUUUUUAGAUUUUGACUUCAUCUCAGUUUCCAUGAAAGCGUACAAAAGCUUUGACCAAAUUAUAUGAGUCCAGAAUCUAGUAAAUUUCAGUAAUUGGUAGA